AGCUAGAAAGAACAGACCAAUGGUUGUACGUCUCUUUCCUGAUCCUAGCUUGAUUUGAUAAAUCAUAUUAAAGCUGAUAUAGGUUAUUAUUUUGAAUACUCUGAAAAGAUUACAAGUUAUCGCAUAAACUGCGAAAAUUUUAACGUAAAUAUUUAACAUAUAAUUUAACAAAAAUAUUUGGAAAAUGAGGGAAACUUUACUUACAAAUUGUGAACGUAAUUUUGUAAAUAAAUGUAUACAAGAAGAAACGAGGUUAGACGGACGAAGAUUGUUGGAGGCACGUUCUGUCAAAAUUCACUUUGGUUCCAAUUGGGGGUGCUGUAUGGUAUCUCUCGGUCAUACAAAGGCAAUAGCACAAGUGUCAUGUGAUAUACAACAACCAAAAAUAUCUCGUCCUAAUGAAGGUAUGAUACAUAUAAAUGUUGAACUCUCUCAAUUAGCAGCCCAAAAUUUUGAGAGUGGUAGACAGUCUGAGGCAGCUGUAAUGAUAAGUAGACAGUUGGAAAAGUGCUUUAAAGAUUCAAAAUGUGUAGACUUGGAAUCUUUAUGUAUUGUAGCAGAUAAGAAGGUGUGGAAUAUAAGAGUUGAUAUUAAUAUUAUAAAUCACGAUGGAAACUUAAUUGAUUGUGCUUCCAUAGCAACACUUGCUGCUCUCUCGCAUUUCCAUAGACCAGAUGUUACCUCCACUGGUGAAGAAAUCAUCAUACACCCGGCUUCUGAGAAAGAUUUCCUUUCAUUAACAUUGUUUCAUUAUCCAGUCUGUAUAUCUUUUAUAACUUUUGAAAGUGGUAACACUAUAAUGGAUCCUACAUAUAUAGAGGAGAGAAUUGGUGUUGCUCGACUCACUCUUGGUGUAAAUUCUUACAAAGAACUCUGUAGUUUGAAUUUUGAUUAUUUGACGAAAACCAUGUCAGUGAAAGAUGUGAUAUCUGCUGUUUCAAAUCAUGCAGCAACUUAUGCAGCAAAAUUGGUGCAGCAAAUAAAGGAGACAGUAACUAACAACAUACAAUCACGGUACAAAAAGGAUAAGAGCGAUAUAUGCGGUUUCAAAGAAAGCAUUAAUGCAGAUAAACUCACAUCAAUUAUUGGUAAUCACAUUAGUAUCAAACUAUCCAAAUGGGACUUAGUAGCUAGAACUGAUGAUGAAAAUAUGAAAAUCGAAAAUGAAAAUACUCGUAUUAUAAAGUAUGACGAAGGUUCUGCUGAACUGAUACCAAUCUUUGAAGACUCGCUUAAGAAAGAAGACGAUGUUAGCAGUAUGGAUGAUUCCGAUUAUUCAGAUACAGAAUGUAUCAAGCUGCGAGCUCAGACAAAAAGAACACCUAUAGACGAAAUUGUCCUGGACAGUAGUGACUAAGUAGUAACUUUAUAUCAACAUCUUGGCAAUGAAGAAAAUCGAUUAACAUUGGUAGCACUAAAAAAACUGAAGAUUUUUUGUAGAGGAUGAAUCCGUUAUACCUUUUUACGAGUAAGAUUUAAAACUUGAUAUAAAAUUAAAAAGGUUAA